AUGCAAUUAAAAUCAUUGUACAAUAUUGAGAAACUUCAGCAAAAUUUGUACGAAGCUCGUACUUGGUCAAUUGAAAGUAAUCAAAUAGCACAAAUAUACAAAUAUUUUUCGUCACGUGGUAACAACUAUGGACCAUGUUUUCGAAAGAUAAAAUCAGCUUAUGGUACAAAAUCUGCCAUGAUAACAGAACUCAUUGAUGCUCAACAAUUUCAACAAGAAAAUGAGAGAACACACCUCGUACAACAAAAUGGCGAAGAAAAAGGUUUCGAUUGUCUCGAACAACAAAGUAAUGAUCAAAAAGACCUCAGUCAUCUCAGACAACAAAACGAUGAGCAGAUAGAUCUUGAUCGCAUCAAACAAGGAAAUGAUCAUCAAGUAGAAGUUAAUCAAAUUGAACAACAAGAACAACAAAAUGAUCACAUACAAUCGACUCCCGUUCAAUAUCAAUCAAACAAUGACCAAACAAGUCUUAAGCACCUGAAACUACCACAUGAAGGUCAAUAUUGGCUACAUCCCACUGUAUCUGAUACAUGUUUCCAUAGUGGACUAUUAUUGUUGCCACAAACUGAAGAAGCCUUUGUACCAGUGUCAAUAGACGAGAUCAUUUUUCUCUCUAAAGAGCGACAACAAAAUUUGUAUACCUAUACGUGUUUUAAUUCGUCCGUUCGUGGCAUACCCUCUCACUAUAAGUAUUCAGCAGAUUCAUUAAUAUUUAAUGAACAAAAACAAUUGAUCGCCGUUUUCAAAGGUGUUAAGUUACAGGCACUUAUUAGUGGUAGUCACUCGUAUGUACAAUUAUUAAAACAAUAUCCUGAUUUAAUAAGUAUGUUUAGUCUCAUUUCAUUAUGUGGAAAAAAAUUAUACAAAAUAUUAAAAGGUGAAUUAGAUCCAUUGCAAUUGAUAUUUGGAUCGGAAGAAAAUGCAUUAUUAGUACAAGAAUUGUAUAAUGUUACUUCAGAAUCAUACAUUAAUUUAACAUGCAACUGUUUAACUAAACAUUUACAAGAAAAACAAAAAGUAGUUCUUAAAAGGAAUUGGCUAUUAAAAGUAUUAGAGGUAGGCGCUGAAACAGGAGCAUCAACAUUACCCUUCUUAACCCAGUUACUAGAUUUUGCUAAUCAAAGACAAACAAGAAUCGAAUUUAUAUUUACUGAUGUAUCACCAGCAUUUUUCAUUAAAGCACAGAGAACAUUUGAUCAGUUAUUAAAUGAUAACAAUCAACAAAACCUUUUACAUAUAUCAUAUCAAGUGUUAGACUUAGAUGUUGUUGAUAUUAAUAGCAAUGUAUUUAACAGUGAAUCGUUUGAUGUAAUACUUGCAGUUAAUGUUCUACAUCUUGCAGUAAACGUUUGCCAAUCAUUAAUCACUCUAAAACAAUUACUUGUACUGAACGGUUUAAUAAUUUUGAUUGAAGUGACAUCGUCCAAUCCAUAUCUUGAUUUAGUCUACGGUAUAUUCCCUCAAUGGUGGACUAACACUAGACAAGAAUCAAAACGAGCAACUCUAUCAAUGAGCCAAUGGUCAUCUAUAUUCAACGAGGAAAAUAAUCAGAACCAUGCCGGCGAACAUAUAACAAUUAAUCGUGUAGAUGAUAUUCAAAAUAUAUUUAAACGUUACAAGUACAUAAAUAUUUUAUUUUUAUGGUCAUUGGAUUUGAUGAAAACACUCGAUGGUGAACAAACAUUUCAAUUACAAGAAGAAGAAAUAUGUGGAACACUAAUGCAUAUUUUAUAA